CAACUUCAAUGUUUAGAUUUAUGUUUGUACAUUAAUCAUGACGAUAAUUAUGCACAAAAAGUGCGUUACUGCGAAAAAUGACGUUUUCAAACACCGUUUAUUUGUUUUGGAAACCGGUACUUCUUCUUACAAGUAUAAACAGGAUUUAAGAAGCAAAAUCACGAAAAAUGGCGGCACCAUUUCAUACCUGCUUACCAAAAAGAGCCAUUAUGUGGUUUCCCAACCGAACACGGAUACUUACAAAACACAAAGAGCCUUAAAGCUUGGAAUUCCAGUUGUAUCAUCAAGUUAUAUUGACGCAUGUAUCCAUGAUAAUACGUUGUUGGACACAGAUGAUUAUGCUUUGAAUGGCGCGACUAAAUCAAAAAGUUUUAAAAAAGGAAAAAUUAAAAUUAUGGGAUGGCGAAAUGAUCCUGUCACAAAAUUAGCGAAACCUGCUUGCAACAUACCAACCAAGUUUAAAAGUGAAAGCAAGAAAUGCCCAAAGUUUACGGAGUAUUUCAGGGUUGCCAAGUUUUUCAUUUUACAAGGCACAAAGUCGGACAAAAACAAGCAACCCCAAACCUGCCUAUGCGUGUAUGAACUACAUAUUGCUGACAGUGGUGAUACAAUACAUGUUGAUAGUGAAGCAAAAUACAGAGUAACUGAACAUUGGUGUGACUGGGACCAGGGGUCUACACAUGGAACAGAAUCUUUUGAAUAUUUCUUUGACAGUUGUGCAGAUGCACUGGUCUCAAUGCAAGCAUUGGUGACCUCAGCAAGCAAAACUUAUUCCAUGAAACACCUUGAUAAAAUGCCUGUAGAUAAACUGGGAUCCUUCAAGCUGAGACAGCUGCUUGACGAAAUGGGGGCCACAGGGGGAACCCUUCACCCUCAAGUUGCACAAUUCAUAUCAGAGUUAUUUGCGCUGGUUUUUAACAAUUUAAACUUCGACCCAAGAAGUUUAAGUCCCGAUCAGUUAACAAAAGCUGUCGUUGCUCUUGUUAAAAUUCAUGAAGAUUUGUUGGUUGGGAAAAGCACAGAAGAAUUAUCCAGUGAACUUUACUCAAUGCUGCCCUGGUCGGGGGAUAAACCUGUCAUUUGUAAUAUGAAACUGUUGUCCAAUAUGCAGGACACUGUACAGCUAAUGAAAGACAGCAUUCUGAUGGUUGAGACAUUCAACUCCAACCUUGAGAGUUGGGAUGAUAAGACUGACAUCCAUGAUCAUGAGGUCGCUUCUUUCUAUCGAGCGCUCAAGUGCGCUAUCUGGUGGAUGGAUCCAGACGAGGCAGAACAUCAAGAAAUGAUGAAACUGCUUCACCAGUCAAAGAGUUUACCAAAUGGUUUCAAAGUUGUGAAUAUAUUUCGUGUACAUCGUGAAAUAGAGGACGAAAACUUUACUCACAAUUUAAGUGAAAAGAGGCUUCUGUUUCAUGCUUCUAAACCCCAGAAUUUUUUUGGAAUCUUGUCUCGAGGUCUCUUGCCCCCUUUAGUGGUGACGAGUGUACACGGGGGAGAUAGAAGCGACGAAGGGAAUCUUGGGAGUGGACUUUAUUUUGCUGAUGAUGUCAGCACAAGUGCUCGAUAUUCGAACCCGAACCCCCAAACCGGAACCCGACUUCUUCUGAUCAACGAGGUCGCUCUUGGUCGCAUAUACGAGUCAACCAAGCGUGACGUAUCGUUAACGGCACCUCCUAAUGGCCACGACAGCGUGAAAGCCGUUGGAAAAACUGAAAACCCGGAUUCCGAGUUCAGUUCAAAUGAGUAUGUGGUUUAUAACACUGACCAACAACGAAUGCGUUUUCUGGUUGAAUUUGUAUUGGAAGGCGACCAAGUUAUUGAAAAAACUUCGAUAGCGAAAGAAAUUUCACUGAAAGAUCCGGAAACCUUAAUGAAGACGAAUUUGGAUGUGGAAAAAGUAUCUUUAGAAGAUGUGACACAAAUUACCGACCCAACGGAGUUACUGAAACCUGGUCUUAACAUCCAAGGGUCAGAGGAUCAAAUCCCACUGGAGGAACUUCAUGUUCGAUCUAAGAUGAUUGACAUGGUAGCAGAGGUUGUAGUCCUGCAGCAAUACACCAACACUUCCACUGCAACAUUUGAAGCUAAAUAUGUUUUCCCUUUGGAUGAUUCGGCAGCAGUUUGCGGGUUUGAAGCAUUUAUUAACGGGAAACAUGUAAUUGGAAAGGUAAAAGAGAAAGAAGUCGCCCAUAAGGAAUACAAGGAAGCUGUGGCAGCUGGACAUGGAGCUUAUUUAAUGGAUGAAGAAAGAGCUGAUGUAUUCACCAUCAGUAUUGGCAACCUUCCCCCGAAAGCUAAAGUUGUGAUAAAGAUAACUUAUGUGGCUGAGUUGUCUAUGGUGUCUAACAAUGGUCUUGAGAGCAUCCAGUUUAAGCUGCCUGGAUCCAUAGCACCUAAUGUGCGUGAAAACACCCUGAUAAAAGGACCUGUGACGCAGUAUGCAGUGGACAGGGUAACAGUACAGGAGUCUGCUGUAAGGAAAUCUUCUCUAGUCUUGUCCAUAGAAAUGCCAUUCAGUAUUCGUAAACUUGAGUGCACGACCCACAAAGUUUUAAUCAAGCAAACCGAUACAAAGGCGACGAUACGUUUGGCCAACAACGAGCAGUUGGGUGGGGGUGGGUUCAACUUCCUGGUCGGGUUGGCUGAGGUUCACGUGCCCCGUAUGUGGGUGGAGGAGGAUGAUGAUGGGGUGGGGGGUCAGGCUUGCAUGCUUGCCUUCUACCCUGAGUUUGAAGUAGAACCUGUCACCAACUACAGAGCCAUAAUUCUAAUAGAUAUGUCGCAAUCUAUGAAAGGAGAGGGUGGGAAACUGGAAACUUAUUCAAAGAAGAUAUCACUCAUGAUAUUGAAGCAACUGCCCAAGAACUGCUUGGUUAAUAUUGUAAAGUUUGGAUCAUCAUAUCAAGAGUUGUUUGUAUAUGAACAAGUGUUGAGUGAAAAUGUGGUUUGGGAGAAAUCGGUGGAAUUUAUUCAGUCUUGCUAUGCAAACAUGGGAGCUUCAGAAGUUUGGCGACCUUUGACCUCACUGUCAUGGGUCAACGAUUACGAAGGCACUGACAGAUUAUCGAAUAUAUUCUUGGUAAGCGACGGACAACUGGGUGAAGAGAAACGAACAUUAGAUGUCGCUGCUAUGUUGGGGGGUGGGCGCAAGAGUCGCGUGUUCACUUUUAGCUUGGGCACCACAGCAAACCAGUAUCUACUAAAGAAGAUAUCCCGAUCAUCAGGUGGUUCGCAUGAACAUUUCGCAUUCGAUGCUAAAUCCAAAUGGGAACGAAAGGUCUCACAGCAGUUAGAGAAAGCUCAACAGCCAGUGUUGACCGAUAUAAAAGUGAAUUGGAAAACAUAUAAUGAGAAUGAGGAGACUCAGGUGUCAUCUGCUUUACCCAAGCAAGCACCGGAAUAUAUAAGUUCACUAUUCAACCAAUCAAGAGUUGUCGUGUACGGGUUUGUACCUCACUGUAGGCAGGCAGAAUUGUCGGCCAAAAUUUGUGGUAAAGAAAUUUCUACAGUUGUGUCUGUUAGUGAACUGAGUGUUACUAAAGGCAAGACCCUGCACCAUCUUACCUCACGUGCGCUGAUCCGAGACUAUGAAGACGGGUUGCAUCAUUUAUCACCACUAGAGCGCGCUGAAGCAAAGAAAUUACGAAAACCUCAUAUUAUAGAAAUGAGUGUAAAGCAUUCAGUUGUCUCUCCUUAUACUUCAUUUGUGGCUGUGGAAGAAAGAAAAAAGGAUGAAGUGAUAAGCAAAGGACCCAGCAUCACUGAACUCCUGGAUGAAUUCACGGACGAUCUCAUUCCAGAGAUUGGAUGGGAGAGUGAAGAUCAGGACAUGCCCGCAGAGAACAUAGAAGAACUUCUAAAAUCAGCAGAGACAGCUUACUACAGAUCUGUAAGAGAAUCUGUGCGUAUAUUUGAAGCAGCUGAGGAAAUGGCAUAUUGUGAAGAUAAACCUGUUUACUGGCAAGCACAAAUCAUAACAACUAUGUUGAAGCUGGGACUAGAUGUUAAAAUAUCUGUUGACUUUUUGGAAGAGCUACGCUUAUACAUGCAAGAACUUGAGCGUGAAGAAGAAGGGAAAGGAAAAGAUCUCGUUUACUCCACACUACUACACAAUGUUCCUGGGUUUGACCAAUCUAUAGACCUUUACACCAAGAUUGACAUUGCAAGAUGUUUGUUGUAUGCUGAGGGUGACUUACCGGAGGAUACUGGAAACUCUAUUGAGGUUGUACAACGCUUGAUGUUAGAACAUUUAGAUGAGACAUAUCCAAGGCAUAUAGGAGUAUUUGGAACUGAGGGAAAUGAAAGUGGACCAUCAGAUAUAUUUGCUGAUACUGGUGCAGAUGCCUUCCAAGAUGAAACUGCAGUGUAUUUGGAGGCAGAUUCUGAAAGUAGUGAAAGCGACCAUGUAUCGGAAUAUAUGGGAGCAAACAUAUGUGAUGAUGUGUAUGGUGAAGACACGUAUGAUAAUAUAAUGUGGGGUGGAACUUCUACUGAUGAUUCAGUUGAUAACUCCUCAAGUUCGGAUGUAGAUUCAAAUUUAUCCGAUGGUAGUUUGGUGAUACAUAGUUCAUUGGAUUCAACAAAUCGCACUGUUUUACGUGGGGGUGGUGGUCCUGGAGAAGUACUUAGUGAUGAAGAAACAUCAGAUAACUGUGAUUCUUCUGGUGAAUCUUCUGCUUCCUAUAAUGAAAAACGGAGACGUUCAUUUGAAGCAAUGAUUUCAGACCCAAAUCGCACUGUUUUACGUGGGGGUGGUGGAAAAAGUAGUGAAUCUUAUAGCGAUUCUUUUAAUUCUCCUGGAGAAAGAACGAGUACCUUAUUACAAGCCAAGGUUUUAAAUCUAAAAGAGCUUCGUGUUUUAACUGGUGAUGGCCCUGGACCAAUGCCUACAAACAAAAGAACAACAGAAACUGAUGGUUUGUCUGCACAAUCUUCUGGUUUUUGUGGUCAAUCCUUUGGCUCUGGCGAACCAGUUAUAAGAUUAGCAAAAGGUAAAGCUUUACAGCAUUUGGUAUCGAACAGACUCCAAGUAGCUAGGAGGUUGCGCCACGAGUCCAGGGAGCGAGAUAUGCCAGAAAGAAGAAGUUUUGAUGGUCGACAUGUUAGUUCUUCUGCUAAACCACAAGUAUCAGGUAUGGGUCUUCAAAGGGGUCCCGGCCCAGUUGGUGGGAAAACUACUAAACCUAUGGCUACAGACCAAAAAGCACCAGAAGAAGACUUUGGUUUAUAUGGUAUAUCUUUUUCUGAUGAUGAUGAAUCACAAAAUAGAUUGUUAUCAGCUGAGAUUUCAGUUCCAAUUCGGCGUUCUGUAUUAGCUCGCGGCGGUACUGUGCCAAUGUCAAGUGCGCAAGAAAAAUCAAAAGAUUUUGAUGGUUAUGAAGAUAGGCCAACUGGUGUGACAAGACAACUACAUCUGUUACGAAGUGGUUCUUCUGGUGUUUCUGGUGCAAACAAAAUACCAACACAAGUUUCUGCUGGUCAAGAGGAUUUGUCUACUCGUGCAAGCGUAUUUGGUUUAUCUGCAACUGGUGUUGCUUUUGGUUCCUCUAAACCGACACCACCAAAAGUAUUCCCACCUAAGGCACCAUUUAGUUUUGGGUCACAGGCACCAAAAUCUCUGGGUUCAUUGUUUACUGCUCAAUCUGGUGCACCAGUAGCAUUCGGUGCUCAACCAAUAACUGGUCUUUUUGGUUCCAGCACACAAGAAAAACCAACAGGUUUAGAUGCGCCUGGUUUCUCAUUUAAUAUUGGCGCCGAUAAAGUUCCAAUUCCAGCUUCAAAGGCAAGUUUUGCAAGUGCUUUUGGACAACCUAGGCAACAACAACAACAACAACAGUCACUAACUACACCUGAUUCCCCUAGGGUCCAAACAGCAAUUAGAGCUAGCCCCGCCAUGCCACAUCAUCCUGGUUUCCGUUUUAAAUUACAAAGCAACAAGCAUGAGGGUAGUAGUGACUUUCCUCAAAUACAAUCUGAAUCUUCGGAUAAGGGUUUCGCUCAAACCAGUGCAGUCACAAUUGAAGAUAAACAACAACAACAACAGAAACUACUACAACCCCCACAGCAGCUACAACAGAUACAACAACAACCACAACAACAGGAACAACAACCACAGAAAAAGAUACAACUACAACAGCAACAACAGCAACCUGACUUUGCAAGUUUCCAGAGUCUUCAACCGCCACACUCACAACAACAACUGACUUGUGUCAGUGUUAGACGAAGACCGAUGCAUCCAUCAACCAAAAAGAAGUCUUUAACCCCUCUACCCCCCUCGUUAUCUACCCUACCACCCCCACCCCAAGCAGCAAGGACAACUGAGUCAAAUCCUCCUAAAGAGAUCACACAAGAGUUUGAAAACUUGCAUGGUUUUGCAAAGUUUGUUUUCAUGGCAAAUCAGGAAGAUUUUACAAAAAUUAGGUUGAUUAAACGGGCAAGAAACGUAAUGAAAGACAAACAUUUUGAAUUAUCAAAAGAAGUUUUAGAGGACGAUAUUCAACCUUAUCCAUUAUACAUGGUGAUGGAGGGUUGGCUGGUGGAAGCCGGUGUGAGGUCUCUUGGUAAGCGCAUAUAUAGCAUGGUAUUGAAAAUGCUAUUCACAGCAUUUGUGAACGGUAUAUUGGAGGAACUUCUUCAGUCAGACCCUGUUGUUACUGCUGAUAGCAAACUACUGGAAGACGCUAAGCUAUGGUUAAAGCAAACAGAUUCUAAAUACCCUGGUCUGUAUGCUAGACUUGAGUUGGGUGCAAGCUGGCCAAAAGCUGCUGAAAACUUUGUUAAUAAAUUAAUGGAUAAGAUUGCAGAGGAUCCACGAUUAAAUGUGGAGAAAAUGCUACAAGUAUUUGGUUAUACCUAUGAUCCUGAUCUUAACUAACUGAUGUAAUAUGCCAUUCCCCUAUUUAAUAUAGAGUUCAUUUAUUUAGAUCAUAUUAUUAAAAACAGAAUAUGCCGAGUUUAGGAAUUUUUGUGUUCGUACUCGUAAUAUAGGUGCUGUGGCAAAGUGGUCUAGGUACUUUAUACUCUUUUUCUGUCCGUUAAUAUGCCACUAAUAAUUUCAAAGCUAGUCCUAACCUAAAAACUGCUGUAUAAUUCCAAUGGCAUUUAUUCUAUUAUCUGUGUUCAAACAGGCCGUGUGAUUUCUUUAUAUUCUGUUUUGCCUUUAAUAUGGCACUUAUAAUUUCAAAAACUAGUCCCAAUCUGAAAUUAACUACUGUCUAAUGCCACCUGUUAUUACUAAAGUUCAUGUAUUCCAAAAUAUAUUAUGCAAUUUCCAUAAACAAUCCUAUAUAUUCAUUCUCUGCCUUUAUAUGCCACCUGUAUUUUUAAAAACUUGCCCCAAUCUGAAAUAAACUGCUGUAUUUUGCCAAAAUUACUGUGUUAUUAUAGUUCAUGUAUUAUGCUAUUUUCACUUAUUAUUUUUGUAUAUCCAUUUUCUGUUCUUAACAAUGUUAGUAGGUACCCUGUCCUAUCUCUUGUUUAAUAUUUAUAUAAAGUCAGUAAUUAAUUUGUGAAGUAUAAACUUAUAAUUUCUUUACAUUUUUCUUUUGUUCAAUAUGUCUUUUCAGUUCUUUGUUCGUGUGUAUUCAAUUCGUAUUUCUUAUAGUAUUAAUUAUAAAUGGAAAAAUGUCAAAACAUAAUCCAAAUAUGAAUACAACCCUGUAUACAGAUUA